GCAUGGGCAAUCGGGCACGACGCCUACCGCAAGAUGGUCGGGCACGAGGCUGGUGAGAAGGACGUGUCCUGGCGCACCACUAUGCAACAGUCCGCUAAGUUGGCCAUUUCUGUCCUCGGGGGUUGCCUUUUCAAUGUGGAUUUCGGUUUGCAGAUCCAGCGGCGAAAAAUUCAGGGCUCGCCGGCGGGGGGGAUUAUCGACAGGUCCCCGUUGAAGGAGAAGAUGGACGCCAUCUACGCUGCCCUCGUGGCGGACCUCGUGGACCCCGACGAGGAGGGCGAGUUCACAGGGAACCCGGUCAAGAGCAAGCUCACGGAUCCCAACGUGCAGGAUCUGCUGAAACCGUUCUCAGAUUUCGUGAGGAACAGGUACACCCGCGUUGUGAAGCUCAUCGUGGAUCCUGGCUCCUCUACAGGCGUGGCGGAAGCGCUUUCAACGUGGUGGAAAGGGCUCGAUAUGGCGCCUGGCAGCGACCAGAACAUCGCGGUCAUCUACGACACCGAGCUGUCUGGGCACCCGAAUGGUCGCGGGCAUCUCCGCAUUAAUCCUUUCAGGGGCCAGCACUACGACCGCAUGAUCAAAGGAUGGCUGGCUGCCCUGUUUCGCGACGAUCAGCCAAAAUAUGAAAUGCCCUGGAACGUAAUAUACAACAUCUUCGACGGCGGAGUUCACGGCAACGACGCGAAGUUCGGCAAGGCCUUCCAGAGCAAGGAUGGAAAGGCGCUCAAGAAGGAUAAGGGCAUCCCCCCCCUGCAGACCUCCGAGAAGUCCUUGAAUAAGACUAAGGGCAACUACUCUGGCGUCUACGGGCUCCCCACGAUGGAGUUCGUUAGCCAGUUCAGCAAGGCCUCCAAUCUCCCCGAGAAGAAGAAGCUGCACAGCGAGGGCACCAACAAAGACCCCGUGAUUGGAAAGUUCGACAAGCCAGCGAAGACCGAUGCGCUCACGUGGCUGGCCAAGCACAGCGAUGAGCCAAUAUUGUACGGUUCGGCGUGGACCCUGGCCGCAGGGGCAGUCGCCGGCGACGAUGCCAAAGCAGACUCUGGGCCGAAGGGCAAGGACAUGGCGCCGUUCAACUAG